AUGAAUACCAAGAUUUCAGACCCCAGGAUCCCAGGAUCCCAGAAUCCCAGGAUCCCAGGAUCCCAGAAUCCCAGGAUCCCAGGAUCCCAGAAUCCCAGGAUCCCAGAAUCCCAGACCCCAGAAUCCCAGACCCCAGAAUCCCAGACCCCAGAAUCCCAGAAUCCCAGAAUCCCAGAAUCCCAGAAUCCCAGACCCCAGACUCCAAGCCCCAGACCCCAGGAUAUCAGAACCCCAUACAGUCUAGACCCCAGGCCUCAGACUCUGUGUAGCUCAGACCCCACGACCUUGAGACCCCAGACCCCCAAAGAACCUAGGACCCCAGAACUUCGCAGGUCGCGUUCGGGGCAACUCCGGCGAGACCACGACAAUAAGGGACGCAACCUUGACGAAUCCUACGAUUACUGGAUUCUUCAGAUCUGCUGCAAGAUAGGGCUUUCCCACAACCUCGCGAAGGACGGCGCUCCCGUUGUUCCCCAAUGGGACUCCGAGCUCUAG